CACCAACCGCCACGAGGCCUUGAUUCGGGACCAUAUCAAGACCGGCUACUCUUGACACUUUCCCCCUUUGAGUCUCUUAGGUAGACAGAGUAGUUAUUCCGCUCCACCCGAUUCCCAUCUACGUCGAAGUCCCUCAUUCGCUCCAUGUUCUCCUACCAUCGUUCCCUAACUCCUUAAUCCCCUAAGCUUCCCUUUUUGCUCUCUACAUUUCGUUUCCCUUCACCGAAUGCACGCUGCGCGGUUGCAGCACCCUUGAAUCCGCUACGAUGACCACGCGGUCGCAGAAACAACAGCAACAACAGCCGCAGCAGAAGAAGAAACCUUCGGAGUAUCAAUCGAUCGCCGGUCAAUUCGCUGCUGCAAAGGAAACACAAGCACGGGAAGCGGCAUCCGGACGCUCCAGUGAACAGAUCAAACAGCGGAGCGCAAUUCAGUUGACCAAUUUCAAAUACAACCAUGGCCUUCUCGUCGCAUUACUGCUGAGCUUCUUCUACUUACACGGCGUGGGAUUGUUCCUUUUCACUAAGGGCUUCCUGUUGACGCGGCUGGUGCUCGAGCACAAAUCCUCCUGCCAGAUCUCACCGCUUCAGGCAUACGGGGAUGCGCCGCUUAUCAACUCAGAAAAUGGCUGUUGGCAUCCGAAGACCUUCAACAAGGCGGUUGUGGUAAUUGUCGAUGCGCUGCGAUACGACUUUACCGUUCCGUUCGUUUCGGAAGACAACUCGAGCUUGCCUCUCCACUGCCACAACGCCUUCACGACGCCAUACGAGAUUACCUCCAAACAUCCCGAGAAUUCUGUCCUUCUCCCGUUCAUCGCUGACCCGCCCACUACCACGCUACAGCGUCUGAAGGGGCUCACGACCGGCACGCUCCCUACGUUUAUCGACGCCGGCAGCAACUUUGCCGGUACCGCUAUUGAAGAGGACAAUGUCAUCGCGCAGCUCAAGUCAUUGGGCAAGCGGAUGGCCUUCAUGGGCGACGACACGUGGAUGGCGCUCUUCCCAGGCUACUUUGAAGACGAUAUGAACCACCCGUAUGAGAGUCUGAACGUUUGGGAUCUUCACACUGUCGACAACGGCGUGAACGAACACAUUUUCCCCCUUCUGGACCCAAAGAACUCGACGAAAUGGGAUGUUCUGUUCGCGCAUUAUCUCGGUGUGGAUCAUGCCGGCCACAGAUACGGCCCCGAUCACUUCGCCAUGACCGAGAAACUGACCCAGAUGGACGGCAUUAUCCAGCGGCUGGUUAGCAGCAUCGAUGACGAGACCCUGCUGAUUGUCAUGGGAGACCACGGCAUGGAUCCCAAGGGCGAUCACGGUGGAGAGUCACAGGGCGAGAUUGAGGCCGCGCUGUGGAUGUACUCCAAGAAGCCAAUAUUUGGACGUCUACCGGAAGCUCUAUUGCCCAAGGACGAACCUCGGUCCGUAGCUCAAAUUGAUCUUGUUCCCACACUCUCGCUUCUCCUGGGAGCACCCAUCCCGUUCAACAACCUGGGAGCACCCAUUGCGGAAGCUUUCCUCGGAAAGCGAGGCGACGAAGGGAUGAAGAACUUGGCUACUGUCUCCCGGUUGACGUCUGCCCAAAUCAAGCGGUACCAACGAGAGUACGCCGGGCCGGAUUCGGAGGAGGAUCCACUGGUGAAAGCUUCCUGGGAUGACGGUCAGGCCAAGUGGAACAGCGUGCGAGGCAAGUGGAAGGUCACCGGAGACGAGUGGCAGGGCAUCUACAGGGACUUUUCCACCCUUCAGCAAGAGACUCUUCGCAUCUGCAAAUACCUCUGGGCGAGGUUUGAUUUGGUUAGCAUGGGCGCCGGCGUGUCUGUAUUGGCCGGCAGCAUUCUGGUCCUGGCGAUCUACGCUAGGGGAUUCGUGGGCGACAACAUGGAGCUCACGGAUGCGCUUCUUAAGAGGAUUUGCAAUGGACUCAGUGUUGGCACUCUUGCUUCCCUGCCAGUGGCUUUCACUCUCAGUGAAAAACUGGAAGUUCCAAAACUGCAUGCGAUUCUGUUUGGCACGGCGAUGGGGGCUAUUCUCGGCUUUCUCUUCGCUAGCAUUCAAGUCCGUAAUAGGCUUGCAUCCGUCCUACCAACCUCUGGCUGGGGAUUCCUUUCCCUUCUCCUCACAGUCCUCAACUCGAUCAUGUUUGGCUCCAAUUCGUUCACCAUCUGGGAGGACAAAACGCUCACGUACUUCAUCGCUACCUUUGCAGUUGCCACUUUCGUUGCCUCGCAAAGAAUUAAUGACUCUGCGAGCCGGAUUUUGGGAACCUACCACUCCAUCAUGCUCCUCAUCCUCACCCGUGCGGCUUCGUUUUCACGACUGUGCAGAGAGGAGCAGAUGCCCUUUUGCGAGAGCACCUUCUAUGCUUCUGCUACGUCCUCUGUAUCGGCUCCAUGGACUUUGGGCAUGCUGUUCGUCAUGGCCCUGGUGCUUCCGUCGAUCGUCAGGUCAUUUUACACCGGCAGCAGAUCGUACGAAGGACCGGCGCCAUUCUUCAUUGGUUGGGCUUUCCGUGCAGGACUUUUCUUGAUCGCGAUUUUCUGGACUCUUGAUUCUGCCGACAACGGUUCCUGGUUCCCACAAUACGACGGGAUGAUCAAGGGUACAAAGAUCGUCAUUGCCCAAAUUGUGCUGGCUGUGGCCCUGGUCGCUGGCCAUGUCGGGUUUGGAUGGUCGUCCCUUUGCCUUGACAUCGAUGUCCAAGACAACGAGGUAAAGCCGGAAGAAGGAAAGAAAGUGAUGUCCGCCAGUGGGCGUACCGUCACAAUCCUCGGUUAUGCCAACGCCCACGGUAGCCGAUACUUUCUCCUGGUUGUUUGUUGGGCUCUGGCCCUCAUCCUCCUCCAGAAGCCGAUGGGUGGACUCUCAAUGGGUAUCUUGUUGUGGCAGAUCCUGACGGUGCUGGAGCUCAUUGAUGUCAACAACCUGUCAUCCUCUUCGAUUGGACCUGUGGUUUUGGCGCUGCUGGGCAAUUCCCACUUCUUCUCCACCGGUCACCAGGCUACGCUCUCGUCGAUUCAGUGGGAGUCCGCCUUCAUCCCCCUCACUUCAAUCCGGUACCCAUGGUCGCCGCUCCUAGUGGUGGGCAACACACUCGGUCCGCAGAUUCUCACGGCAAUCGCAGUGCCGCUAGUCGGGCUGUGGAAGGCGCCGCCAAAGAAGGCACAGGACGAUGAGGAGGGUGCAUUGGGCAGAGUAGCUCGGGCAAGUGCCACAUAUAUGCUCUUCCAGGCAACGAUAGCAGGGGCGAGCAUGGUUUGUGCUGGGUGGUUGAGGAGGCACCUGAUGUUGUAUCGCAUCUUCAGUCCAAGGUUCAUGUUGGGCGGUGUUACAUUGCUUGUGACAGAAAUCGUGUGUAUUAUUGUUGGUGUUGGAGGUGUGAGAUGGAAUUGGGCGGCGGUUGGUGAGGUGUUUGGAUAUGCGUAGUGAAUGUAUCAGGAUGAAGGAGAUCAUAGAUGUAAUACCGUAUGUGCCGUUAAACUUGUACUAGUUAGUAGGGACGGGGAUGGGGAUGUAUCACCCUCCCGAGGAGUUCAAUAGAAUCAUCGAAC